CAUUGAUCUUGUUUGAGUUGUAUUUUGUUGUGUUGUGAACUUGGUUUCUGUGCUUGAGAACGGGGUGGAUCUCCGGAUUGCGUGGUUGAGAUGGGAUUCAUGCCCACGGCGGGUCAUCGCUCUCGCUUGGCUGGGCGGUCGGUCUAGUUAGACACCAAGGGUUAACACGUUGGAUGGGCUGCGAAUUGCCCGGCCCCAAAACGGGACAAUCAACCUACGCCACCGUCUGACCGAAUGGUGUUGAUGCCGGGCAUGGGCGGGGGUUCGGAAUUGCGCACGCGUUUGGCCGGCGCGUGGAAGCCAUCGGCUUCGCCGGCCGGAGCCGAUGGUGUGGCGCAGGCGUUGCUGGACGAGAUCAUGGAUGAGAUGACCAAGAGCGUGGCUUUCGAGAUCCAUCGGGCCGCCAAAGUGGGCUUACUCUGCGUGCUCGAAGGAGUGAGCGAAUACACGGCCGGCGAAUCGUCCUCCAACGCCAACACGGGCAUGGACGUGUUCGGUCAGACCAUUACCACAUCCGUGGGCGUACCCACACUCAAAAAGCAGCCCGAAUGUGUCUGUCCCAAAUGUCAACGGAAUUUGGCGGCCUCGCGAUUCGCACCCCAUCUCGAGAAAUGCAUGGGCAUGGGCCGGAACUCCAGCCGCUUGGCCUCGCGUCGUUUGGCCACCAACAGUAAGGAGACCUAUCGCGAUCACCACGAGGAUGAAGAUGACGCCGAGGAUGAAGACUGGCUCGAACCCGAUAAAGUCAAACAGCCCCGACGGAAACGUGACCGAAAUUCACCCAGGCGGAACAAGGCUGGUGGCCGAGGGCCCACCACGCUUCAAGAUGGUUCGGUCACGCCUCCGGCAAACUAUGACGUGCUCUCGAUCGAGGAGCGCUCCUGUUGGUUGUCCUCUAACUGCGGUGUCAUCUCCUCUACCUCGAGAAAGAUCUGCUCACGGUCUACCCGUUGUCCCGUUCAUACUGAUACGCAACGGCGCGAGAUCCGCAUCCGCUGGCUUUCCCAGCAUCCUGACGAAGAGACUCAUGUCGACAUUGACAGCUUUACCGAGGGCGAUACCGCGGCCCUUCGUGAAAGUCUGGCUCAGCUCAGUGGGGCAAGCUCCCCGGCGGAAUCCACCAUUUCGACCAGCUCCAAUCCCAGCAGUAUCAAUACCUCAACUCGGAGUCGCCGAGAAAAGGGCCGAAACCGGGGCGGGUCCAGUCGACGCGCGAGUAAACCCGGAUCCAAGAACGGCAGUCGAGGAUCGACACCUCCUUUGAUGUUGGACUGAAUUGAGACUGCUCGGCCAAAUUCAUCCAGAUAAUUAUCCGCCGAACAUACCUGCAGAAACCGAGACCCUUGCCAUCACUGCUGAGUACAAAGUAUCUUCAUGACUUGUAUUUCGUGUACGUAAUGGGCAACAAUAAACAUUCCUGAUGGCACCUAGA